ACGAAAUUAAACUUAGCUUGAAACACAGUUUAGAUCUCCCAAUUUCUUCAACCCAAUCCUCUCUUACGGUACAUGAAAGCGGUGAAGGAUGAAGCUUCUAGCCAUGGAAGUGCUUCUCUUCUUACUGAUCUUGUGUUGUGUGGCCUCAGUUGCUUGGUCGCAGACGGACAGGAUGAAACAAGGUGAUGUUUUGAACUCAUCGGAAUCCACUUUUCUUGUGUCCGCCAGCAAGAAUUUCACCUUAGGAUUCUUUACGCCGAAGAGGACCAACAGGACUUACUUAGCAAUAUGGUUGACCGGAAGAAUUGAGGAUGAAAGUCCGAUAUGGAUAGGCAACAGAGAAGCGCCUCUCCCAUCAAAUUCCUCUGCUAAGCUUCUCAUAGAUGCUUCUGGGAGAUUGAUACUCACGCACAACGAAACACAAGGCAGUCCUUACCUGCUUUCAUCCAAGCGAACUAGCCGGAAUGUGUCAGCCACUUUACAGGAUUCCGGCGAACUGGUACUCCGGGAAACGAACGCCGACGGGCAGGAUGUGUGGAGUAGUUUCGACUACCCCACGGAUACCCUUUUGCCGGGCAUGAAGUUGGGCGUGAACCAUAGAACGGGUUGGAAAUGGAUUCUCACAUCAUGGCUGAACGAGGAUUCGCCGACGCCGGGGGCGUUUAGUCUGGAAUGGGAACCAAUCAAACGGCGAGUGGUUAUCAAAUACCGAGGAGUGGCUCAUUGGAGCAGCGGAGAGCUGAAGAAUGCGACACAUUUCCAGUACUUACCCGACUACUACGACAUCUUCAAUGUACGAUUCCUUAACAUUUCCACAAAAACAGAGGACUAUUUCAUCCUUGCCGUCAGUGAAAUACAUGAUAGUCUCGUGGCUUUGAGACUGGGCCCUUAUGGCUUCGUGUACGACCCCAUGCACAGUUAUGAAAUUAUUGACGCCAGAGAGUGUUACGGGUACGAGAACAAAACGCAGGAAUCAAAAGGGUGUGAGAUUUGGCACCAACCGGCCUGCAGGGGGGUUGGGCAAUGGUUCGAGUACAGAUCUGGGUUCUUCUUGAACUAUACCCAAUUAGGAGUCCAGGAGGCUGCAGGCUACUUAGACGAAGACUCCACAGCUGCCAGCUUCAGUGACUGCAGAGAGAAAUGCUGGAAGGACUGCCACUGCGUUGGCUAUCAAAGCUUGGAACAAGGAGGGUGUAAAUACUGGAGUGGAACAUCUUUGCAAUUUCAACAGGACAACACUGGCCUAACACCACCGAUCUAUGUUAUAAACCGUCCAAUUAAGGGAGACAAAAAGAAGUGGAAAUGGAUUGUUAUACCCAUUGUAAUAAUAGCCACCAUACUCAUAGUCCUGUUGGGCUUGCUUCAGUUGCGGCGGAGAAGGAGAAAACAAGAAGAAAUCAGACAACAGCUAAAGGAUUUAUUCACAUUAGAAGAAUACACUGAUAUUCAUGAACUCAGCAAUGACGACUGCGUUCAGGGCAGCAAUCUGAAACAUUUUAGCUAUGAAUGGAUUGUUGCUGCAACAAACAACUUCUCACCUGUACAUAAAUUAGGACAAGGCGGUUUUGGAAGUGUUUAUAAGGGAGUAACAUUGGAAGGACAAGAAGUAGCUAUAAAACAAUUAUCAAAAAGUUCAAAACAAGGGCUGGUGGAGUUCAAAAACGAAGUGGUGUUGAUAGCAAAACUCCAACAUACGAAUCUUGUAAAGCUGCUUGGUUUUUGCAUUCAUGACAACCAAAAGAUGCUCAUCUAUGAGUUUAUGUCCAAUAAAAGCUUAGAUUUUUUCCUCUUCGAUCCAAAUCGAAAAGAGCUUUUGACUUGGGAGAAACGUCUCAACAUAAUUGAAGGGAUUGCUCAAGGGCUGCUUUAUCUUCACAAGUAUUCAAGAGUAAGAAUCAUUCACCGAGAUAUGAAAGCUAGCAACAUAUUACUUGAUGAGAAUAUGAAUCCGAAAAUUUCAGAUUUCGGUAUGGCUAAAAUUCUCAAGCAAAAUGAAACAAAUGCAAACACAAUGAGAUUAAGUGGAACAUUCGGCUACAUGGCCCCUGAGUAUGUAAAGGAAGGUAUUUUCUCUACCAAGUCAGAUGUUUACAGCUUUGGAGUACUAGUGUUGGAAAUUAUAAGCGGCAAGAAAAACAGUAACUUCCGCAACGAGGAUGGGCCAUUGAAUUUGGUCGAGCAUACAUGGGAGCUAUGGAACAGAGAUGCAGUGCUACAAAUUGUUGAUCCAGCAUUAAACAACAUAUCUCUCAAGGAAGAACAGUUGCAGAGAUGCAUAAACCUGGGAUUGCUGUGUGUAGAAGACCUCGCAGUCGACCGACCAUCUAUGUCCGAUGUUAUUUCUAUGUUAACCAACGAGAAUUUGGCGUUGAGAAAGCCCAAGAAACCUGCAUUUGUCUCCAGAUACAGUGUGGUCCAUGGAUUUCAAGAAGACAGGUCAGAAAAGUUCACAGUGAAUCAACUCUCCAUUUCAGCAAUGGAGGCAAGAUAGUGUUGCAAUUUGAAAUGAAAUAUUUCUAUUGAAUGU